GUGAUUUACACACAGAAUCAUAAUUCAAAAACACGUUACACACUUACAAGACGCAUGCAUUUUAUACAUCGUGUCUGUAGGUCAUUGGCUUUUGCGUUCAGUGAAGUUAGUGGCAUUCGGCUAUGUGCUUUUGCCAGAAACUGAAAAGUCCUUAAAGCCAAGGUGAUGGUCUGUGGGGUCGACACAUGUGUGUUGUCCCCCUUCCGCCCCCCAUCCCCUCCCCCAGUCGUCUCCUUGGCAGCCUCUCCUGGUUUGACCAGCUUCACAUUGCAGCUAGCAUCGUACACGUAUCAAUGUAAUAUAAAAUUUGCACGUUAACACUCUUGUGACGCUAGUUGUUAAACACUAUCCACAUAGACAUGGCCGACGUUAAUGUCUCCGCGUCACAGCAGUUGCAUGUGGUUUAUGUCUGACUGUGUCAAAUAUGAAAGCCGGUAUGCUAACGUUAGCUACCCGGUUCGAUCCCGUAACAGAAACCCGACUCGUUCUGCGCAUGGGCGGCAGUGCGACGACCUACUGUUUUGGUUCGGAUUAUAAAAACUGUCAUUUAGAUAAACACCUUAUUAUCAGCAACAUGAUAACAAACGAACGACAAAAUGUUUAAUUAUAUUAAAUAAUCGAAUGUCGUACUACUCGAGUAGUGGGGGUGUGAAAGAAUAUGUUUGUUCUGUCAACUGUCAUUUGAAUACAGAGCUCCAGUUCGUUUUUCUAGGACUAAUAUUUAGAUUUAGGCAGGUUCAUUAUAUUUCCAUGUUAAUUAGAAUGCUUUUACCAGAGUGUUGGUAAUAGGUUGGCAAACGUAUCCAUAUAAAUAAGUUUUUAAUAAAUUUUGUUUAACGUUGGUACGUCCGGGUACGGAAACAAAGUCACUGCACAUGCGCAGAAACAAAUCGGGUUUCCGGUACGGGUCGGGUGGCACCAGCACUGUGGCUAAUUUGAGUGCUAACAGAAAAACAGUCUUCCGUCUCUGUCAGUUUGUGGCCUCCUAUUAUUCUGGCAGUAAAACAUGAUUCGUCUUAUUAUUCAGAAUUGCUUUGUGGUUUUGUUACACACGGAUUGUUGUUUAAACACACGUUAGGAGCUGUAGAUUGUGAUACACAGAGGCACAUGUUCGGUAACAGCCUCUGUGUGGAAGAUAGAGCGAAAGAAGGUCACCUUCAGUGGAGCAGCCCACUGUCAGCAUGAACGGGGGGGGGGGUGCUCUGUCAAACUGGGGCUUUACAUACAGGGUGUUUAUUAUACCGGUUGUGUCAGUUAUAUGUCUUGGGUUUCUGUUGAUUAUAAAAUUUGUGUUAGUAAAAUAUUUGGCCAAUAGACGUAUAAUGACUUAGUAGUCCUCUAACGGUUCUUAGUACCUCCCCGCGAACGUUCGGACGUUCCUUCUCGACCGGGAAGCGGAAGCCGGUUUCGUGAAAAAAAAAAAAAAAAAAAGAAACUGUCAAGAGAGUGCAUGUACGGUAUGCAGGAGGAAAGGUUAUGCUCAUGUUAGGUGAAGUCGUGUGAGUUGGACACGGUGCAGAAACAGCUAUGGUUAACGGGGACAGUUGUCAUGAGCACACAGAUGAGGCGGAAUCAAAGCACGUUGGGAGCAGUGAGGCGGAGAGAGAAGAGGAUUCAAACGAACAGGAGGUUAUCGUCAUCCAGGACACAGGCUUCACUGUGAAGAUCCAGGCCCCGGGAACAGAACCCUUUGAUCUGCAGGUGUCCCCCCAAGAGAUGGUACAGGAAAUCCACCAGGUGCUGAUAGACCGCGAGGACACCUGCCACCGCACCUGCUUCUCACUGCAGCUGGAUGGAAAUGUGCUGGACAACUUCUCCGAGCUCAAGUCCAUCGAGGGUCUGCAGGAGGGUUCCCUGCUGAAAGUAGUGGAAGAGCCUUACACUGUGCGUGAAGCUCGCAUCCACGUUCGCCACAUCAGAGACCUGCUGAAGAGUCUGGAUCCAUCAGACGCCUACAAUGGAGUGGACUGCAACUCUCUCUCCUUCCUCAGCAUCUUCACUGAUGGAGACCUUGGAGAUAGUGGCAAACGAAAGAAAAGGGGCAACGAUUUGGAGCAGAUCGACUGCACACCCCCAGAACAUAUACUCCCUGGCAGCAAAGAUCGCCCCCUGGUGCCCCUCCAGCCCCUGAACAAGGAUUGGAAGCCCAUGCAGUGCCUGAAGGUGCUGACCAUGAGCGGCUGGAACCCUCCACCUGGAAACAGGAAGAUGCACGGUGACCUCAUGUACCUGUACAUUGUGACUGUGGAGGAACGCCAUGUCAGCAUCACUGCCUCUACACGCGGCUUCUACCUCAACCAAUCUACUACCUACACCUUUAACCCCAAGCCAGCCAAUCCCAGCUUCCUGAGCCAUUCUUUGGUGGAGCUGCUAAGCCAGAUUAGCCCUGCCUUCAAGAAGAACUUCACUGCCCUGCAGAAGAAAAGGGUCCAGCGUCACCCCUUCGAGAGGAUAGCUACACCUUUCCAGGUCUACAGUUGGACCGCUCCACAGAUAGACCACGCCAUGGACUGUGUUCGCGCUGAAGAUGCCUACACCUCUCGCCUGGGUUACGAGGAACAUAUACCAGGACAGACACGAGAUUGGAAUGAAGAGCUACAGACAACCAGAGAACUGUCCAGGAAGAACCUGCCUGAGCGACUGCUGAGGGAGCGAGCCAUAUUCAAGGUCCACAGUGACUUCACAGCCGCGGCCACGCGUGGAGCCAUGGCUGUAAUUGAUGGCAACGUCAUGGCCAUCAACCCUGGAGAGGAAACACGCAUGCAGAUGUUCAUCUGGAACAACAUCUUCUUCAGCCUGGGCUUCGACGUGCGGGAUCACUAUCGUGAGCUGGGCGGAGACGCCGCGGCCCACGCCGCACCGACCAAUGACUUGAACGGCGUUCGAGCCUACGGCGCCGUGGACGUCGAGGGUCUUUACACCCUGGGGACGGUAGUGGUGGACUACAGGGGCUACCGUGUCACCGCACAGUCCAUCAUCCCAGGGAUUCUGGAACGUGAGCAGGAGCAGAGCGUCAUCUACGGCUCCAUCGACUUUGGAAAGACUGUUGUGUCGCACAACAAAUAUCUGGAGCUGCUGGAGAAGACCAGCAGGCCACUGAAGGUGCAGAAACACAAUGUACUGAAUGAGAAGAACGAGUCGGUGGAACUGUGUUCGUCUGUGGAGUGCAAAGGUAUCAUCGGGAAUGACGGUCGUCACUACAUCCUGGACCUUCUGCGUACUUUUCCCCCGGACCUCAAUUUCCUGCCUGUGGAUGGCGAAGAGCUGCCCCCAGAGAGUAAACACCUUGGCUUCCCCCGCCAGCACCGCCACCGCCUGGCCUGUCUCCGCCAAGAGCUCAUCGAGGCCUUUGUUGAGCACAGAUAUCUGCUGUUCAUGAAGAUGGCAGCCUUACAGCUCAUGCAGCAGAAAGCAAACAAAGACACUAAGACUGACACACCCGCCAUCAUGGACGUGUCCACAGAAGACAAAGCUGAACCAAACCACACGCAGACGACUACAGAAGAAUCCUCACACACUCCAGACGCGUCCACAGGCCAGACAGAGAACAGCACCGCAAGUGAAGAAAACUCAUCUAAACCCGUCACCAACGGGCCCCUCGAACCGACCGCCACACACAACGGCAAGUGCAAGAGCCCACUGGAGGGUAAGGACCUUGAGGAAAGUAUUCCAGGAUUAGCUCAGGCCAAAGAGCUGGCGGAGACCUUAGUAGCUGAAGUUGGAUCUGGUAUUGAUUCCAAAAGUUGUGAGGUGGUCCUCAAUGCCUGUCAGGCGGUGGGCUCCAUCAGCAACACGUCCUUUGACAUUCGCUUCAACCCAGACAUCUUCUCCCCAGGUGUGCGUUUCCCCGAGGAGACGACAGAUGAUGUUCAGAAGCAGAAACAGCUGCUGAAGGACGCUGCUUCCUUCCUGCUGUCCUGUCAGAUCCCUUCACUGGUGAAAGACUGUUUGGACCAUAGUGCUCUGCCAAUGGAUGGAGCCACGUUCGCAGAGACUCUGCACCAGAGAGGCAUCAACAUUCGUUAUUUGGGCACUGUCCUGGAGUUUCUGGACAAGACCUCUGCCAAAGCCCAGCUGGAGCACAUCUAUAGGAUAGGAAUCAUGGAGCUGAUCACCAGAUGUGCAAAACAUAUCUUCAAGACUUACCUUCAGGGAGUGGAGCUGUCUGCUCUCUCUGCGGCCGUCAGUCAUUUCCUCAACUGUUUCCUGAGCUCCUUCGCUGACGCCGUCGCUCACUUGCCUCCUGAUGAGCUUGUGUCCCGACGCAAAAAUCGCAAAAGACGCAACAGGGUCCCAGGCGGCGGGGACAACACGGCGUGGGCCAGCCUGACGCCCAGCGAGCUGUGGAAGAACAUUGCCACCGAGGCACAGAGCUAUUACCACUUUACCAUACAGUGUGAAAGCGUGGACCAGGUGGUGGAAAAAUACGGGCUCCAGAAAACCACUCUGCUCAGAGAAAUCUCUAUCAAAACUGGAAUCCAGAUCCUCAUAAAGGAGUAUAACUUUGACAGCCGUCACAAGCCUGCCUUCACAGAGGAAGACAUCCUGAACAUUUUCCCUGUGGUGAAGUACGUCAAUCCCAAAGCUUCCGACGCCUUCCACUUCUUCCAGAGCGGACAAGCUAAAGUACAGCAGGGUUUCCUGAAGGAAGGCUGCGAGCUGAUCAACGAGGCUCUCAACCUCUUCAACAAUGUGUACGGACCAAUGCACGUGGAGAUCUGCGCCUGCCUCCGCCUGCUGGCCCGCCUUAACUACAUCAUGGGAGAUCAUCCUGAGGCCCUGAGUAACCAGCAGAAGGCUGUGCUCAUGAGCGAACGAGUCCUCGGCAUCGAACAUCCCAACACUAUUCAGGAAUAUAUGCACUUGGCUCUUUACUGCUUUGCUAACGGCCAGCUGUCCACCGCCUUGAGGCUGCUGUACCGAGCCCGUUACCUCAUGCUGCUGGUCACCGGGGAGGACCAUCCAGAGAUGGCGCUGUUGGACAGUAACAUCGGCCUGGUGCUGCAUGGAGUGAUGGAGUACGACUUAUCCCUGAGGUUCUUGGAGAACGCCUUGACCAUUAACACAAAGUACCAUGGAGCCAGGUCCCUCAAAGUGGCCCUCAGCCAUCAUUUAGUUGCUAAGGUUUAUGAGAGUAAGGCGGAGUUCCGCUCAGCGCUGCAGCACGAAAAGGAGGGUUACACCAUCUACAAGAAUCAGAUGGGGGAGACCCACGAGAAAACCAAGGAGAGCUCAGAAUACCUGAAGUAUCUCACCCAGCAGGCCGUGGCCCUGCAGAGAACCAUGAAUGAGAUCUACAAGAAUGGCUCCAACGCUAGCAUCAUGCCCGUCAAGUUCACUGCCCCCAGCAUGGCCAGUGUCCUGGAACAGCUCAAUAUUAUCAACGGCAUCAUCUUCAUACCACUCAGCCAAAAAGAUCUGGAGAACUUGAAGUCAGAGGUCCAGAGGCGGCAGCAGCUGCAGGAGCUUGGAAAGAGCAAGGAGUCCACGGAGGAGAGGCCACUAGAACUGGAGGACAAAAUCCCUGUUGAUUAACAUACAACAGCCCUCCAUGCAUAGCUGCUUUCUACUAUUGUGGGAGGGGAGGGGGUUCAGGAGGCUCUGGCCACACAGCCACCAUCACUGAGCCAGUGAACCUGGGAACUGAGCAGAUCAAUUCAACUUUGACACAAACGGGGAAGGUUGAGGGGGAGUGCUGGGAACAUCCUAUAUGAACUGUAGGACAGAUGAAUACAGAACAUGAGUUUCCUACAAAGUAGGAAGUGAGUGUGGAGAAACGUUCAAACAAUAAAAAAUCAUGGUUGAUGUGCAAUCUAGAAAACAAAGAAAAAAAAUCCUUGGCCCAGGAACUUGGAGAUGAAAUUACUCACCGUGUUUUUGCUCUUAAACAAAAAAAAAUCCUGUAUGAUUGAGAGGUUUUGCAGCAGGGAGACUGAGAAGGACCAUGUCAUUACACACCAGAGCCUUAUCCACUCAUUUGACUCAUUUACCACAGCACUAAGAGCCCAGGGCCUCGUCCCACCCCUCACCCCCACCUCCCAAAAAAGCCUUCACAGACCCUGGGCUUUAUUUACCCCUGCCACCCUCCUGUGCCCUUGAUGAUAAAGCACCUACCCCGACCUAGAACUCAGGGGAACUUCUAUACUCUGCACUAAGACCAGAAUGCAGCCAGUACUUUUCUCAAAUGUGGCCUAAGAAUGUAAAUCUUCAUUCUUUACACCAAAUCCUCAUCCUUCAUCAACCUCUCUAUAAAUAUAUUCAUCUCCUGGGUGGCAGUCUCUGCUGUGACCCUCAUGGUACCUUAAUCUCUAAAGCAGGCCAACAUACAACACAGAGACAUGUUAGUCUAGUUGAUUAUUUUCAGGAUGUUUCUUUUUUUUAUUAAAGUAAAUGAAUUUGGUUUAUGUUUUGUAACGAUGCACAGAAAGGUGUUUUAGGUAAGUCAUCUGUUCAUGUAAGCCAUGCCUGUUCAAUAGAAAUGUAUACAAGAGGAAGAAAAGAUGUAGAAAUCUGUCACACGGAUUUAGACGACUACUCCGUCAUCAUACACAAGGAAAGAAAAAAGUGAAACGUCCACUUUAUGCAGUCCAAAAAUACUAUAUACUCUAGUAGCUGUGUCCAACUUUCUAUUUUUACACAUGGAAAAGGAAAGUACGUGCAUAUGUGUUUGUACGUGUGACUGUGGGUUGUGUGUGUGUGUGUGUACGAUGGAAUUCAUUGGUCAGAGCUGUCGUUGCUUUUGCUGCUGCAUAGCUGGUUUGAAGAAGACGCCGAAUAAUCAUGGGCUUUUCCAGAUGUUUUAUUUUUCUACACACCUGUCGGACGACUGACGCUUCUUACAGACAAACGUCCCCGGGCCACUGGCGUCUCUUUUCGUAUCGCGCGGUACUGAAGAACUUUACAGUUGGACUCAACGUCAGCAGAGUGAACGAGUUUCUUAUCACUGGUGUGUUUUCGUUUGUUCUAUCUUUGUCAUCUUUUCUUAUGUAACCGAGAUAUAUAUAGAGAAAAAAAUCAUCAGUCUGGAGUGUCUGUUCGGUGAGCAGUGUUGAUUGCACUUUCUUGAGCUGUUUGUGUGCGUGUGUGCGCGCGUGCUAUGGUCUUCCCCGCACCACUAACAGUAGACAUAAGAAGGGCUGCCUCCUCACAGUGAUGUACCAAAAGAAGACAAACGUUUGUUUUACGCUUGUACACAUGCAAUGUUUCCCCCUCAUGGCAGAUUGUUACUAAAAUGUUGCCGUGUCUAAAUGUUGAUGUAAUUAAAGCAAUAGAGAGACGGUGCUGGAAGU